AUGUCGGACGGUAAACCACGCCUUGUCAUCGUCGGUACCGGAUGGGCAGGCUUCUACAUUGCCCAAUACAUCGACACGAACCAAUAUGCCGUAACGAGUAUCUCACCCCGGCGUACAUCCGCCUACACCCCUCUGCUCGCAUCCGCAGCAUGUGGUCUAUUCAAUUUCUACCUGGCCGAAGAACCCGUCCGUUCCAAAUCCCGCUCCGCCCAGAAGUUCAUCAAAGCCAACGUCCUAGAUGUCAACUUCAACGCCAAGACGGUUCAUUGUGCUCCCGCAUUCGACGACGACCCGGAACUAUCCCAGCAGGAGUUCGACAUCGAAUAUGAUAUCCUGGUCCUUGCUCCCGGCUGCGUUCCGAAUACCUUCAACACUCCCGGCGUAUCCGAACAUGCUCUCUUCAUGAAGAAUGUGUCUGACGCCAUGGCGGUGCGGAAACUGUUCUUUGACCUCCUCGAAAAGGCCUCCUUGCCCAACACGCCCCCAUCCAAAGUCCGAUCGCUCCUCCACAUCGCCAUCGUCGGCGGAGGUCCCACAGGAAUCGAGCUCACCGCCGAACUAGACGACCUCGCCAAGCGCGAACUUCGUGAUCUAUACCCUGAAGUUGCGGACCAGAUCCACAUCAGCAUCUACGAUGUUGCGCCACACAUCCUCUCAGCCUACGACAAGAAAUUGUACGAAUACGCCAACGAGUCCCUAACCAGGCGGAGAGUCGCCAUCGAAACGAACAGCACGAUCGAGCGCGUCGACCGAGAAGCAAUAUACCUGAAAGACAAAGGCCGAGUCGAAUACGGCAUGCUUAUAUGGGCCACCGGCAACAAACACAUCCCUCUCAUCGAGCAGCUGGCGAGCCAAACCCGCCAAACCACCAAGGGACUCCGCAGAAUCCUAACAAACGACCAUCUCCGCGUGCUGAAACCUCCUGUCUCCGACAAGGACAACCACAACGAUCCCGAAGCCUACGAGUGCGUCUUCGCCCUCGGCGACGCAGCCGACAUGCUCAACCGCUCCCUUCCCACCACGGCAGAAGUCGCCGUGCAGAAAGCAAAAUACCUAGUCAAUUAUCUCAAUCAUCACCACCACCAGCCCUCCGUGAUCUCCGCAUCCGAGGCCGUCGCGCCGUUCAAAUACCAACAGAAAUCCCUGGUGUCGUACCUGGGCGCGCACGACGGCGUCAUCGAAGGCCGCAAGUCGGAAAACGGCAACAGCAGGGACGGCGAGGGCUGGACGGGGCGCAGUGCGUGGCUGGCGUGGAGGAGUGGCAGUUUGCUGUGGACGCGGAGUUGGAGGAACCGGGUCAUGAUCUUGUUGACCUGGGUGGUUAACUGGGUGGGGGGGAAGGAGAUUGCGAGGAUGUAG